AAUUAUUCUAAACCCAGAGUCUACCUCAGCAAAAAACAAAAUAAUGAUUAAGGCUGAGGAUGUGACUCAGUAAUCACCACAGCAAAAAUUAGGCUCCCAUCUUAAAGAUCCUUCAGUGUCGCCUCGUAAAUGGCGGCUUCUUAUCUAAACCGGAAGCCAGGCUGGCUGGAAAGCGUCAGUCGGAAUGACUUGCUGUUUUUCUUCGUGAGAUAAAGAGGAAGUAAACGAAGCUGCAGUCAGGGGUUCCUGUCAUAGAGAUCCUAUCCUGCCUUACUCAAGCAGUCCAGAUACUAAGCCUGACUAGUACUUGGAAAAAAGAUCAAGGAAUCUCAAGGCUAUAAGUUAGACUAGAAUGUUACCAAGAUGUCUGCACAUUCAUUGCUGUGUGAGAGAAUUAUCUUGGCUAAGGAACUAAUUAAAAGAGCAGAAGCUAUUUGCAGAUCCCAAAAAGAUGGCAUAGAAGGUGGACCAAAACUUUGCCGUAAAUUAAAGGCAGAACUAAAAUUCUUGCAGAAAAUAGAAGCUGGUAGAAUAUGCAUCAAAGAGUCUCAUCUGCAGAGUACAAAUCUCACUCAUCUGCAAGCUGUCAUUGAAUCAGCAGAGAACUUGGAGGAUAUUGUUGGUGUUCUCCAUGUUUUUACUUAUAAGGAUUCAUUUGGUGAAAAACAAAAUUUGGUAGUAGACGUAGUUGCAAAUAAUGGGCAUACUUGGGUGAAAGCAGUUGGUCGGAAAGCUGAAGCUCUGCAUAACAUUUGGUUGGGCAGGGGCCAGUAUGGUGACAAGAGCAUUAUUGAACAAGCAGAGGAUUUCCUACAAGCAAGUUGUCAAAAACCAAUACAAUAUUGCAGCCCACACAUUAUUUUUGCUUUCUACAAUGGUUUGUCCAGCCCAAUGGCAGAAAGGCUAAAAGAAAUGAAUAUAUCUGUGCGGGGGGAUAUUGUUGCUGUGAACCUAUCAAUGAACUGUCUUAAAGAAGAUCACUCCUUCAGUUCUAGUGAAUCUGACAAUGGGGACGAAUGCUUUCAAAUGACUAAAGUAGAUCGGGAUACCUUAAUAGCCAGUGUUGCAUUUCCUACAAUGUUGAAAGUAAAUACAUGCAAUAGGGUUAAUUUAGACAUUACUACUUUGAUUACAUAUGUCUCAGCCCUAAACUAUGGAGGCUGUUACUUUAUAUUCAAAGAGAAAGUCUUAACUGAACAGGCCUUACAAGAGCGAUGUGAGAGUGUUCUCCCACAACUGGAGGAAUUCAUGAAGGAGAAAGAAUUGUUUGCUUGUGAAUCUGCAAUCAAAGAUUUUCAGAUUAUCUUAGAAACUAUAGGAGGUCCUGGAGAAAAAUAUAGAGCCACAUUACUUAUGGAUAGAAUCCAUGUGGUCCCAGACCAACCCUCUGAUUAUGCCUCAAAAUUAGUGACUAGCUCUAAAAUCAAUAACCGUUCUUUGAUCAUCUUUGGAACAGGAGAUACUUUAAAGGCCAUCACUAUGACAGCAAAUAGUGGCUUUGUUCGGGCAGCAGCAAAUCAGGGAGUAAAGUUUAGUGUGUUUAUUCAUCAACCAAGGGCAUUGACAGAAAGCAAAGAAGCUUCUGCCACACCUUUACUAAAGCACUAAGUUGGUUCCAAAUUAUGCAGAGGUUGUAUUCAGCAGAUUCUGAUCAGUUCUGGAGAACUGGUAGCAGAAAUUUUGAGUAGUUUGGAGAACCAGCAAAUACUACGUCUGACUGGAAAUUUUACAAUAUCCUUCCCCUGC